UUACCCCUCUUCUUACAACUCCAUUUCUGUUGGGGGGGCUUAUGGAGGCUUUUCACUGUGGGUAUGAUUGGUACCUUCCUUAUCACCAUUUGUGUGUUGAUUUCCAAUCUCCUGCAUGCUGUGUGGAGAACGUUAGUGUGUGAGUGGGUGGGUUUAGUUGCGCGUCACGAGCAGCGAGGCCCCUCUUUCAAGGAGCUCAUGGAGGAGUUCAAUCCAAGACAACUGGCUGUCAAACAGCUGAAGCGGCAGUUCCUUGACGCUCUGCAGGCCAACGAUUCCCUGGAGGUCAUGAAGAUUCUUCACACUGGGGAACUAGAGAUUGACACCGUUCUUGAGGUGGAUGACCCAAGCAUGCUGCUGGCCUCAUACAAGCAAGGUUACUGGCUGCCAGGCUACACACUGGAUAAGUCCUGGGCGACUGGUAUUCAUGUGUGUGUGAUGUACAAUGCGGUGGAAACAGCUCUGGUGCUCAUUCAGGAGGGUGCGGCUAUCAACCGGAAGCCCAACGGGAAGACGCCGCUGCACGUGGCCUGCGAGGCCUCCAACGCUGACUGUGUCGCCCUGCUAUUGGCUCACAGUGCCAAAGUCAACGGCCUGUCUCUGAGCGGACACACACCGCUCCACUACUGCAUCACAAGCCAGUCUGUGGCCUGUGCCAAGCUGCUCCUCUGCGAAGGUGCAAAAGUCAACAUGCCCAGCGACAACAAUGAGGCGGACACACCUUUACACGCAGCAGCCAGAUUUGGCGUCCCAGAGCUGGUGGCUCUCUACCUGGCCAAUGGAGCAGAUGUGAAUUCAGUCAACUCCCUGCAGGAGACUCCCCUGAUGACUGCGUGCUUCUGGGCUUUUAACGCUAAAGAGCAAUUUUACAGUGAAGAUCAUCAUCUUGUCUGUCGCCUUUUGCUGGACAACCAGGCAGACCCAAACCUCAGAGAAGAGGACAAUAAGACAGCCCUUCACAAGGCCGCCUGGAACUGUGAUCACGUCCUGAUGCAGAUGCUUCUGGAGGCCGGAGCAAACACACGGGCCGUGGACAUCAACGGCUGUGCCCCCAUCCAGUAUCUCCUCAAAGUGACAGACGUCAGGCCCAUGGCCAUACCUGAGCUCUGCUACCAGGCGCUGCUCAACCAUAACGCAGCGCGGAUUUACCCCCCACAGUUCCACAAGGUGUUGCAGGCCUGCUAUGACUGCACCAAAGCCGUCGAAGUUAUGGUCAACUCUUAUGAGCGCUUAAAGCCCACAAAGAAGUGGAGUGCUGCUAUACCUGAUGACUGCUACAAGCGUCACAAAGACUUCUACGACUCUUUGUUCGCUGUUUGCAGCAACACUCCCCGCAGCCUGCUGCAUCUGUCCAGAUGUGCCAUCAGAGCCAGCCUGUGGGAGGUCUGCCAGCGAGGUGUAGCACAGCUGCCUCUGCCCCCUCCCAUGAAGAGAUAUUUACUGCUGGAACCUGAGGGGAUACUGUACUGAUGAAGAGAAUAUUGUUUCCAAAAAAAUACCUGCUGUGUCUGAGGAAAGUCAGCCACCUGAUAAUUUGAUUAAAACAUCACUUCCUGUCUGCAGAGUUUGGAGAGUGAAAAUGCUGCUAGUUGGAGCUGCCACUAACAAGAGUGUCCUUUUUAUUUUUACACAACAUUCCCUUUUGUCUGGAACAUAAGACAUCCCUCUUUGGUGUUGGACAGUACUGAAAAGUUGGUUUGCGUGAGUGGAAAUGUAAUCACAUGACUUACUAUAAAACUAAUUGAUAUGGUGGUUUGAUGCAGGACAUGACAGAGAACGCCAUACAACUAAUUAAAAACGAUGAGUAACGUAGCAGGAUUGAUGGACAAGUGAGACAAAUCGCAUUUUACUGAUGAUUAUUGCUGUGCUAAUUACAAUAAUAAUUUAUAGUAACUAAUAAGUGAACAUUAUGGUCUGCUGUGUCACAUCAUCCCCUGCACACAACGUCUGUUUCUGUAAACACUGUUUUAUGUAAGUAUAAAAAUACAAUGUGUUUGACUUGCCUCUCU